AUGGGUGGCUUGGGUCCAUAUCUCGAAUACGAUGGUGAGGACUACAUAUGUUCUAUUUGCGACAGGUAUUUCAGGACUGAUGGUGCACUUUUCGCCCACUGCAGAGCGACUACACGACAUGAAUGGUCAACAGACUUUGAGUCCAAUCAAGAUCUUCGAGACCAUCUAGUGGGUUAUCAUCAUGCUUGUCUCGAAUGCAAUAUUUUCCUCGAGUCUGCUGAAGGUCUCCGAAGCCAUGAUAUCUCUGACCACUGUCUUUGCGAUGUGUGCGACAAGUAUUUCAGCAAUGAAAACAAUCUGAGAAUGAAGCACCAAGCCAAGACGUUAGAAUGCUAUGGCUGCUAUCACAACUUCAAGUCAUUUUCCGGGAUGUUGAUUCAUCUGGAAUCCGGGGCGUGUUCAUCGGGGGUUACUGAAGACACGGUUGAUGAUUUAGCGAAAGAAUGCUAUCAGAGCAGGAGAUAUACUGUUGAGACAGAUGGAGGUUGGCGAUAUGAGUGUCCAGAAUGUGAGAAGGAAUUCACGAAGCUAUCUGCGCUGUACCAGCAUGUUGAGGAUGUCCCUUCCUGCUCCCAUCUUGCGAAUGGAGAUGGUUGUCUGGCUAAGCUUGAACGUUUCAUGGCUUCCAGAAGUCACAAGGGCCCCGUGUUAACGACUGUUCCUCCUGGUGCACGUAUAACUGGAGUGAAUAACCAAGGUAUCCCUAAGAACUAUAAAAGGCACCUAUUGACUCCUUGUAUACCGAAUUUGGGGAGCAAGAGUAACCCGAAAAUGAUUCAGGCUUACAAGCUUCACUUCGCCCUCGUGGCCAUCCUCCUAGCCCAAUGCAUGGCUGACACAACCAGCGACUCUUCCGGGACCUCUUCACCCACUGGCCCAACCAUACCCCCGAGAAGGCGUCUACCACGUCCCCCAGAUUCACCAAAAGGGCCCUCCCACAGAAAACACACCGAGGACACAUCCUCGACGUCAACGCCACAACUAACCAAACUACCGCCAUCUUCAACUGCCAAAGCAGCAAACUCGGCAAUUGUCGCAUCACAGUCCCACUGGGAGUGGGUCGAGUUAUUAGCAUUUUGUGAUAAUGAGAUAUCGGAGCUGCCUUCGCCUUGGAAUGUGGCUGAGUUGUCGGGGGUAUCUAGUAAGAUGGCGUGUGGAUUUUGCAGUCAUGAGAUGUGCGGGCAUGGUGGGCAAGUUUAG